CUUGUCUUUCGUGCGGAGGGUUUCGUAUUGCAGUCAGUAGCGCCAUAAUGUCUGGUCGUGGCAAGCAAGGAGGCAAGGCUAGGGCGAAGGCCAAGUCUCGUUCUUCCAGAGCCGGGCUCCAGUUCCCCGUGGGCCGCGUUCACCGUCUGCUCCGCAAAGGGAACUACGCCGAGCGAGUGGGGGCCGGCGCGCCCGUCUACCUGGCAGCCGUGCUGGAAUACUUGACGGCGGAGAUUCUGGAGCUGGCCGGCAACGCGGCUCGGGACAACAAGAAGACCAGGAUCAUUCCCCGCCACUUGCAGCUGGCCAUCCGCAACGACGAGGAGCUCAACAAACUCUUGGGCAAAGUGACGAUCGCUCAAGGCGGCGUGUUGCCCAAUAUCCAAGCCGUCCUCCUGCCCAAGAAGACGGAAAGCCACAAAGCCAAAGGAAAAUAAAAAGUUCCGUUCAAAAAAGAAAACGCUCCUCACUGAACUUUGAAACCAAAGGCUCUUUUCAGAGCCACCCACAACUCCACGUAAAGAGCUGAAUCAGAAUUUAAAACGCUUUAUUGU